ACCGCAGUUUUGUUCAAAUCAGCUUGCAAGACUAAGAUGACUAAGAUCGUCCCGACCACACGCUGUCACAUAAAUGAUGUAUGUCAUGCCACUAGCGAAUGGCUUCAUUACAAUGAAAAGCAAAUCAGUCAGAGGGCGUCAACUGAUCGUUUCCUCCAGGCCUGGCCCCUCAGUCAUUCUACAUAGCUACACAUUUCACAAUAGAGUGUGAUCACACGUUGCUCUCUCCUCUCAAGUUCGGACGCAUCCUUGAUCACUCGCUGAUUUUUCUCGCGUCUUGCCCCGAUUGGAAUAGUCGCCAACGGUGUUUACCCAACGUUGACAGCGUUUUCCGAGUAGUAAAUUCGACUCCUUUUGAAAAUAUCAUGGCUCCUAAAACGUUUAAAUGGACUCUAGGACUCUUGAACAACGCCAAUAAGAAAUAUCUCACGCUCGAGACAUUCGGUUUCAAGCUGAACGUCGACGGAGUUUCAAUGAAGAAGAAGCAAAUAUGGACGCUGGAACAAGACCAAGGCAGUGAUAUCUGCUAUUUUCGGAGUCACUUGAACCGGUACUUGUCUGCUGAUCCGAAAGGCAACGUGAAGUGUGAAGAAGAAGAGCGUACAGAAGAAACGAAAUUCACGGUGGAGACGCAAACCAGCGGAAACUGGGCGAUAAAGAGCGUCUACGGCGCAUACUUCGGAGGAUCGGGUGAUCAGCUGAAAUGCGUGGCUAAACCAUCAGCAACAGAGCUCUGGUCGAUUCAGCUCGCAAUGCACCCGCAAAUCAAUGUGAUGAGCUCGCGAAGGACACGCUACGCGCAUCUCGACACCAAAACCGAGACCAUAACAGCCACAGAGGUUAUUCCAUGGGGAGCAGACGCUAUGCUUACCCUCGAGUUCGACGAAAACCAGGGCAAGUACGCUUUUGUAGCCAGCAAUAAAAUGUACCUGAACAGCGAUGGCUCUCUGAAUGAAGACCCUAGCAAAAAGAGUCUGUUCACCAUUGAGUUUCACGAGGGGGAGGUGGCCUUCCGAACGGACAAAGGCAAUUAUCUAGCAGCGGUGGGAACAGGUAAAAUCCAAGCCGGGAAAAACACUACCGUCGGAAAAGACGAGCUAUUUGUUAUUCAAGACAGCCCGCCGCAGGUUUCAUUCAUCGGCCAACGAGACCGACGACUAUCGAUUCAUCAAGGUAUGUAUGGCUUGUUGUGGUUGAGUACAAGUAAAGCUUGGUUUAUUUAUUGUUCAAACACGAAACUUUUCACCGAUGUCGACGAGUCAUCGAUAGUAGCGUCGUCGAUGUGAUUUUCAUUCACCAAAAUGCAAAUUUUCCUUUGUUUGCCGAUAAAUCAACAGGUUUAAAGUUGCUUUGUUUCGAGUCCUCUAUUUGUUUAUUGUGAGAGCCGAGUUGAAAAGCAAAGAUAAAUGGAUUUGAGAUCGAUAAACUUAAACACGUGCAACACGACUCUCGGAGAAAAAUAGAAAAAGCUUUCGAGCGAAAAAUGCCAUGAAAUGGUGGUCAUUCUUGACCAACAACAAAGCUAAACUUAGAUCAAGAAAUAUUAGUGAUGAAAAAAAUUCCCAACUGGAUUUGAUUUCCGACUGUGUCCUUGCGGCAUCUGUGUUCAUAAUAGUUUGGCACCAUUUAAACAAUGGAACAAUAAAAUCGUUGUGGUCUCGUGAAUGAAAAAUCAUACCAAUAACUUUUUCAAAGGCAAACCGAGAAAGAGGUGAAUUUGAGAAGGAAGGGAGGUUCUUAAGAAAGUUGCAUGGGCGAGUUGGUGGAAUCUUGACAAGUAUUUCCGCGCAGCAGAGUCAGCUGAUUCAUGUGGCGCUUAAUUGAUUGAUAUUGAUCAAGCGUUCAAUCAAUAGUUAUUUGUCACGAAAUCUCUUUUUUAAAGGGUAACAAUAGUCAUAACCUCUUCGAUUGGAUACGGCUCGUUUCAUCGCAAGGAAAAACAUUCAAUUUCCUUGUAGCGAUCAAAAUUUAAAAAAAAAGAAAGAAAAAAAAAACAAGACGGCAAUCCACAGCUUUUACUCUCAUAUUUCUAUUUGGUUACCACUCAGACGUCCGACGGUCGCCUCUCGCCCAAAGAGUUUCAAAUGUUUGCUGUAGAAACUAUUGUUCAGAUCGGUGUUUUCAUGUGCGGAAACUUAUUGCUCUUAACUUAAUAAAACAAGAAAUAUUCUUAACAUCGAAUUCUAGGAGAAACACAGCAUGAUGAUGGCGAUGAAAUUAUCGAACGAGCUGAAAACUAUCUCAAAUGAUAACCCAGUAAGACAGUGGAUGAUGAGAUUGGCCCGAAGCAAAAUUCACUUUUGUUUGGUAUUUUGCCCUCUUUAAAAUGUUCAAUUUUUCGGUCGAAUUCUGUGUAAUUUAUUACCUUAAAAGGUAAUAUAGGAAGUGUGAAGCCUUAACUCAAUAAGAGAUCCAGGCAUUAAAUAAUAAUGUUAUCCUUUUUGUUAUGAUAAUUACCAGCGAUAACAGUUGUACAGCCUGAAAGGUGUUUCGUGGUAAUAUCAGUCACUGUAUAUAAAGUAAGAAUAUAUCCAACUGGAAUGUUGUGGAUUUUUGAAUUGUUAAACAAUGCUCAAAACUUAUCAGUUCUCAUCUGUUUAAAUUAUGUGCGGUAUGGCGGGUCAUGAGGUUUGUGUUCAAGAGCAUUGUUUGGUUGUCAAAGACUUAAUAUUUGUCACAACAGGAGUGGAAAUGUAAAAUCAGCUUAUCUUGAUACGAAAAAAGCUAUUUAAUACAAAAUAUCCUUAAUAUGCAACAUUUGGAGAAAAAAUUAUUAUACUGCCUUAUCUUGAUCUUUAGAAAACAAAAUAUUUCCUUUCAAUUUAAUUGAAAUGUCUUCAUUUUAAAGUUCUGGAAUCAUUGAAAUAAAGUUUUUUGUGUGCCUUUGGCAAGAUUUCCUGCGCUGUUAAAACAUAGUCAAAGGCUAAGUCAUUGACAGAUUAAAGCCUAGGUCAUGAACUUUCAUACAAAGACACCUUAAUUUGUUGUGCUUUUGAGACACCUAAUGUUCCUCUUUGUGGAAACUGAUAAGAAAAAGUUCGCCUAGGGGAGCUAACAAUUGCUCAAGUUAUGUCUCGACCUGUCGUUCUCUGACUGGGCAAAGCUAUGCUGUAUACAAGCUGUUUUGCACGUGAUGCACUUACACCUAAACAGUAUGUGCAUUACAACAAUUUUCUAUUGAGUCUUGCAAAUAAUCCAGGAUCCUAUGGCUCUUGUAUUACACUCAAGUCUUUUACAAUAACUACUCAACCUUUCAGGUUCAAAGCUAAACCUUAGUGCAACUGUGUCACUUGCAUAUUUCCACACCUCACACUGCUCAUGCUUAUUUUGCUCAUUUCCCUUGAGUUCCCAGCAGCUUGUUGCAACGUUUACAAUGAUUUAGGUCUGCUGAAUUUCUGAUUACUUUGGAUUCAUGGCAUUUAAUAUAAAGGUGCUCUGACUAAAUGAAUAGACUUACACUGUACCUUCAAACUUGCCCUUUAAUAGGAAUGGAUGUGAUACUUAGUCGCCGUGAUGAACUUGAAGACACUGAGAUAUUCCAGUUAGAAUUUGACAAGACCAGUGACAAGGGACGGGUAGCAGUACGUGGAACCAAUGGCAAAUACUGGAACCUAGGUGAGAAGGGCAUGACAGCAUCAGCAGAAGCACCAGGAGAUAACUGCUGGUUUGAGCUGGAAUGGCACGGCAAACAGAUUGUUUUCAAAGCUGGAAAUGGGAAGUACAUCACAGGCAAGGACAAUGGUCAUCUUAUCGAGGGCAGCGAUGAAAUUGACCAGGAGAGAGGGUUUCAUGUGCCAGAGCUGGUCAACAGACCCAUGCUGGUGCUGCGUGGUGAACAUGGCUUUGUUGGAGUGAAAUCUGGAAAAGAUUUAUUAGAGAGCAAUCAUUCUAAAUAUGAUGUGUUCCUUGUGACAUGCAAGAAUGGCCUGUACAAGAUCCGUACCGACUCUGGUAAGUACUGGUGCUGUGAUGAAAAAGGCAACGUAAUGUUGGCAAAUGACCAAGCUGGUGCCCAUGAGUACAGUAUUGAACUUCCUAAGUACAACAGAAUGGCAAUAAAAGCUGCUAAUGGACUUUACAUUGAGGGCCACCAGAAUGGAUCCUUUUGUGCCACAGGAAAGUCGCUUGGAAAAAACAGUUUAUGGGAGUACUAAACUGUAGCAGGUGUAGAAUUAAUUAAUAAUUUUCAAACUUAGAGGACAAUAUUUUUCAACCAAGUAAACUGGAAGCAUAACAAAUCGUUUCCAAAAAAAUCCUCAAAGAAGCAAAUUUAACUAAUUUCUUCUUAGUCUUUGAUGAUAUGGUUAUUACACUGUAAUUUUAUCAUAAGAAGGCUGAUUAAGAUCACUUCUGAGUUUCACUUCAGUUUUCACACUUAACCCUUUAACUCCCAAGAUCUGAUUGUCAAUUCUCCCUUGUAGCUGCCACACAUUUCCUUUUAAAUUAGUUAUGAGAACUUGGUGCUAGAUCAAGAUAGCAGCUUCUACCUGAUAAGUUUGAAUAUUCUCAUCACCUGUU